AUGACCAAGCGAACGAAGAAGGUCGGCGUGACCGGUAAAUAUGGUACCCGUUACGGUGCCUCCCUGCGAAAGCAGGUCAAGAAGAUGGAAAUCACCCAGCACGCCAAGUACACCUGCACCUUCUGCGGAAAGGUCACCGUGAAGCGACAGGCCACUGGUAUCUGGGACUGCAAGUCUUGCAAGCGCACCGUCGCCGGUGGCGCUUACGUUGUCUCCACCCCCGCUGCCGCCGCCAUGCGAUCGACUCUGCGACGACUCCGGGAGAUUGCUGAGGUUUAA